AUGGGCUGGUUCGACCAGCCCAGUGCGUUCCCACAGACAUCCCCGUUGCGACCUGCUCACUACACGGGUGAGUCCCAGGAACAGACGACGCCUGUGGCAGACUCGAGCGGCCGGCCCACGUUCGGACCAUUCGCUCGUGCCCAGCAGCAGCACAAGCGGGAGCACGAGCCAGCAGGACGUGCCCGCGCUGUGUUCAUUUUCCUACGGAGCAUUGGUCGCAUCUUCUUGUUGAAUGGCACCGACUACACCUUCCACCUGCCGUUUGUAGUCCGCAGGGCAUGGCCGCUGAGCCCUCACGGAGUACUGCUGCAACGGGUGUUGGACCCUAUGGAGCUCGAAGAAGUGAAAGCCUCCGGCGACGUUGCUUUACCGACUUCCUUCACCUUCAUCAACGCGCUCGCUGAGCCAGCAGCCGUGGGCAUCACGACAAAGCUCACGGGCGGUUUCAAUCACAUCCCGGUGUCCAUCGAAGAAGAUGAUCCAAUUAAGUCAAUCAAUUUCGUACCCGCGGAGGAGCAGGUCGUCUGGAUCUCUCAGCGCGUACCCGAGUCGACUGACGAUAUCAUCAUCACGAUCAAUACCGAGAAAAGGCAGUUUUCGAUCUGGCGUUACGCGUUCAUCCGGCCAAAAGAGGUGCCGACGGCGCCCAGUCGCCCGCAGCCAGUCUCAGCAGUGAACAAGAGAACAUCAAUGUCAGCGACACCAGCACAGAAACGGCAAGUCAUUAUGGCACCUCCACAGACAGCACCCGCCGGCUCGGUGUCUGGAGUCCCACGGAAUCUAUCAACACCUGCACCGAUGACUGCCUUGGUUGGCGUUGGGGCGACGAUGGAGCAUGCUGCCUCCGUUCCUGCCGCCGGGAGGUCACGACAGGACUCGAUCUCUAGGUUGGAUCUGAGUGUAGCAGUUGAUAAGACAAGCGGCGGAUUCGACGGGGAAAUCUUAUUGGAUCCAGUCGUGAAUGCGCGCAUGCAAACCGCGUACUGGGUGGAAAAGUUGCAUUGCGAGCAGCUACCAGAGCGAUCUACGCUCGAUCCCUCAGCGAUAUCGGUCGGCCUGUUUGACCAACGAUGGGACGGCGAGGAACAUCGGUCCCUAAUUGGUAUCUGUUUCCCUGCGGCCGAGACAUUGCUGGUAUAUCGUUUGUCCAAGGAUGCGGGUCAUAUUGUGGCGAAAUUUGAAGGACGGCUUGAAGCGGUCUCAAUAUCCUCAGUUCGUGCCACAAGGGAAUUGAUUCAAGAUCUCUUGAUCGUGAAGCUAAAUGGGAAAAUGUCACUCCUAACUCAUGGCUUGCGCGAGUUGCCUCUUUCCAUAUCGACCGACGUGCCCAAAGGAGCGUCGGAGAAGGAGGGGUACAGAGAGACUCCUUGUCUGACGGCACGACCACUCAUCAACUGUCCUAUCAUUUCUGUCUCCGACCCUAUUGAGUCGACGGUUACUCUGACAUUCGCGAAUCGUGCUUCGGUCCGUAUAGUGCUCGACCUGAUGCCACGCGAUCUUCUAACGCGUCAAUGUCUUCUCAUGCUUGCCAUGGUCAUUCCUGCAGACGAGUUCUUCGCGCUCCACAGCAACUUCCUGCGCAGGUGGGCCGCCAAGGGGCAGGAUCUGUCGUUUGGGGUGUCUUUUGCGUGUCUCGUGUCUGCCUUAUACGAAGUGUUCGAAUUGGAGACCGAGCCCGCGCCACGCCAGAUUUACCCGGCAAUCACUCCUGGUCCAUGGCUGCAGAUUCACAAGACGUCAUCCGCAUUCCGGUUCCGCGAGGACCCUAUACUGAGAAAAUUGCGCCCGCCGCCGAGCGUGCAGCCGGCCACUACGCUCCCGAGACCGAAAUGCAAGCCGCGCAAUCUGAUCGCACCCAUCUUGAUCGCGCUGCAUAAUGUCGCUGAAGACAUGCGCUUGAUGAUCCACCGGUAUCGCGAUCUCCUCAAGCUUGUCCCUGUAGUAUGCAGGGUUGCCAUGCAUGUGCGCCCCGAGUGGGCCGAUUAUUGGAAACGGCUCUGUCCUGACGCCAUGGAGAAUUGGCCGGCUCCAGGGAUGACGGUUGUUGAGAACGUCGACGACCGACUAUCUGCCUGGCCGCUCGAUUCAGUGGCUAUCCUGUACGGGCGGAUCAGCAACCCUGAAUGGUUUCCCCCCGUCCCGGAGAGCCACAAGAUAGCUCAAGGGUUCGACAUCAAAGCCGCAUUCGCGUUCGGGAACGCAGAGCCGCUGCUGUGUUCGCGCCAGUUGACCGACGUGUAUGUUGCGUUGGCGGACAGCAAGGUGCCUCAAACUCGCAAGCGCGCAGAAAACGGGCUGCAAGCUAUGGUCAGAGCCCGUAUUGGAGCCGACAUCUUGCGAUGGGUGCCGUUGGGCAUCGCCGCGCCACUGAAGGAGGCAUGUCGGACGUGUCAACUGUCACCGAGUGGAGACUGGCCUCCAUUGGCCCAUGGUCUGAUUGGGCGCAAUGACCUUGCGGAGAUGAGCUCUCCUCAUGAGCAAAUUCACGUUCGCGGCUAUCGCUCUGUGAGAGAGUCCAUGCAAGCCUUCAUGCAUCGCAAGUCAUUUCGCGAACACAUUGAUGACACCUGGAAAGCUGUCACCGGAGAGACGAAUGUCGUGUCUGGCGUGGAGUUGGACGUGGACGAUCUGACACAGAUACGGUUUGGCCAGGACAGAAGACUCGAAGAGAUAGCUCGCAUGCUCUGUUCAUCCACCGUUCCGACAAUCAGGGCGAUAGAAAGGCCAGAACUGAGUGAGCAUGAUCAGGCCAAGGAGCAACAACUUCAAGUGGUCAGAAUGGCGGAACGGACUCUUGCUCUGCCUUUGGGGAGGGCGAUGUUCACUUUCGGAUCCGUGCCAACUGUCACCCGCCAAGCAUACGCGAUACCGAAGAUCGAGUAUGCGGUCCGCCUUCAACCCAUGAACGCAUUGAUCACACCAGAGCCUGGGAAGAUCCCGGUGGAGUGCACCAGCUGGGGCGAGUUCCAUAACGGUGUCGCUGCCGGUUUGCGGAUAUCUGCGCAAUCUAAUGCGGUCGAGAGCACGUGGAUCAAGUUUAACAAACCCUCCGAGCUAACUCCUGAACAUGCCGGGUUCCUCUACGCACUGGGUUUGACCGGCCACUUGCGGGAGAUGCUGACGUGGCACACCUUCAGCUACCUCACCCCGAAACAUGACAUGACUUCAAUUGGUGUGCUGCUCGGCCUGUCCGCCGCUAAUGUGGGAACUGGUAAUCUUCACGUCACCAAACUCAUCGCCGUACAUACUCCUGCGCUUCUGCCAACACCUAGCAUGGACCUGAAUGUGCCAUUGAUCACUCAGGCCGCUGGCUUGAUCGGGAUCGGGCUGCUCUACAUGGGUACACAGAAUAGGCGGAUGGCUGAGGUCUGUCUCAGCCAAAUCAGCCGUAAAGAUCUCUGCCAGCCUGAUCUGAGCAACGAGUAUCGUGAAGCUUAUACAUUUUCAGCGGCCCUCGCCUGUGGGAUGGUCAUGCUCGGCAAAGGCGGUGAGGUACCGGCAGAUCUAGUCAUGCUGUCGCGAUUGCGUGUGCUCAUUCAUGGGGAAAGACAUCCUUCGUUCAGUGUCGAUGAACAACCAACUUUCGACAUUAAUCUGACAUCACCGGCCGCUACAAUUACGUUAGGUUUGAUGUAUCUUAGGUCGGGACGGCAAGACGUGGCCGACAUACUGGCAAUCCCGGAUACUUUGCUUGCCCUCAACAGUAUCCAGCCCAGCUUUCUGCUAAUGCGGACGCUGGCUAGAUGCCUGAUAAUGUGGGACAAGAUCGCUCCAUCGAAGGAAUGGUUACAAUCUCAAGUGCCUCAGGCUAUUUUGGCGGCGGUCAAUGACCGCUACCACGGGAAAUCCCGCGACGAUGCGUAUGAGCUCGCAUACUACAACAUCCUGGCUGGCCUUUGUUUCGCCAUUGGGCUCAAGUACGCUGGUACUGCAAGGGAAGAGGCGUACUUGUUAAUUAUCACGCACUACGAUAUGUUCAGCCAAGUGGCUUACACGAAUAGUACUGCCUUCGACCAUAGAAUCAAGCGUGCAGCAAUUCGCGAUGGCCUGAACCUGAUAUCGAUAUCUCUUGCCAUGGUCUUGGCAGGAACGGGCGAAAUCAACUGUCUGCGGAGAUUACGCUAUGCCUAUGGGAUGAACAAUCAAUUCAUCCGAUAUGGUACUCAUGUAGCGAACCAUAUGUCUCUUGGCCUGCUGUUCCUCGGUGGUGGACGUUUCACCCUGGGCACUUCCGAUGCAGCAAUUGCUUGCAUGGUGGCAGCUUUCUUCCCCCGCUUCGCCAACGUUUCCUCUGAUAAUAAGAGCUACUUACAAGCCUUGCGUCAUCUGUGGGUGUUGGCAACGGAACCUCGCUGUCUCAUUGCUCGGGAUGUCGACACCAAAGAAGUCGUGUACAUUCCGGUGAAGAUCAAGACGAAAGACGGCCAAGGGUUCAUGGUUUCUCAACUUCUGUCCCCGACUCUCAUCCCAGAUAUUGACAAGGUGCUGUCCAUUCGGAUCGACACUCCAAGAUACUGGCCGUUCUACCUCGAUGUCGCCAACAACCCUCGGCACCGAGAAUCUCUUCUCCGUAAUCAAACGUUAUUCGUGAAACGUCGCACAGCUUUCCUGAGCUAUAAAGAGGAUACGAAAGGCAGCCGUAGCCUCUUUGUACGAUCAGGCUCAUCGCCCAGCAGCACUGCGAUGUUGGAUUUUCCGCAACUGACUGACUUGAAAAUACAUCCUGCGGGCGAUCUGCACGAGUUCAUCGCAUCUUUCUCGAACGAUCCUCUAUUCAUAUCAUUUGCCGACCGAUUCUGUCGUGACGAUGGAGAGACGGAGGAGGAGCGAAGAUUGCAAGCAUACUGCCAUGCAAGUCUCCUUGAUAGUAUUCUUCAAGACAAAUCGCAGACGAUACAAGCUCACCUCACCGUAUAUCGCUACCGGCAGAUGCAUAGCGGCUCCUCAUACUUCGUCCUCAGGAUGCAGGACCUGCGCUUUGCCACAGAGUUCUAUAGCAGGGUAUAUGAGCGACGUUUCAGUGGAAGGUCCGAAAACAAUGCACGGUCGCCCCUCAUCCGAGAGAGUACACUCUCCGGUGCCCUUCUUGCGAUCGAUCGUCACUUAGACACGAUACGCACCAUGAAGGCUUUCGUCGCGGCCUUGUCUCACUACGCUCAAGGCGAUGCAAUACCCGUGUAUCCGAAGGGCUCCAGCGAAUGGAAGUGUUCUCGACACUUAUCCUGGUAUCUGCAGCGCAAUAGUGUCCCGGUUUCUUCCGUUCUUGCUGUGCUCAAAGCUCUGGCUCGGAAGGCUCACAGAGACUGUCUGGCUGCUCCUCCGCCUGCAGGCACAACUGAUGUCGCACGUUUAGACCGGGGAAUCAAGGAAGUGGUGUAUUUCGCGGGCACGUCGAUGACAACCUCGAUGGGCUCUGGUUGGUCCUUGAGAUCCCUGGAUGAGGUCGUGGCAGCUUGGUGUUUGGCGGGAUGA